AGGUGAUUUGAACACCCUCUGUAUUGACCUCAUCUUUUCUAGUCAAGCCUGAUUGAUGAAAUGGAAUGAAGCUGAGGAGUCAUCCUUUUCCUUACCUGUGGGUUCAAGACAAUAUUGGGAUGGUCUUCUGUGCAGGUCACUAGACUAACUGCAGCUAUGAGUUCAGACGAGAAGGGCAUAUCCCCUGCUCAUAAAACAUCCACUCCAUCUCAUAGAAGUGCCUCUUCCUCCACAUCCUCCCAGAGGGACAGUAGGCAGAGUGUCCAUAUAUUGGAAAGAACCACUUCUUCUGGCACCGAAGCCUCUGUAAGUCGACAGUUGCUAGAACCGGAACCAGUCCCCCUCUCCAAGGAAGCUGACAGCUGGGAAAUUAUAGAAGGGCUGAAAAUAGGCCAGACCAAUGUCCAGAAACCAGACAAACAUGAAGGCUUUAUGCUGAAGAAAAGAAAAUGGCCUUUAAAAGGUUGGCACAAGCGCUUUUUUGUCCUGGAUAAUGGAAUGUUAAAGUAUUCAAAGGCCCCACUUGAUAUUCAAAAGGGGAAGGUCCAUGGGAGCAUCGAUGUUGGCCUCUCGGUCAUGUCAAUUAAGAAGAAAGCGCGGAGAAUAGACCUGGAUACAGAAGAACACAUCUAUCAUCUGAAGGUAAAAUCCCAGGACUGGUUUGAUGCAUGGGUCUCCAAACUACGACACCAUCGCUUGUAUCGUCAGAAUGAAAUUGUGAGAUCACCCCGAGAUGCUAGUUUUCACAUAUUUCCUUCAACCUCCACAGCUGAAUCCUCACCAGCUGCUAAUGUUUCCGUUGUGGACGGAAAGGUCCAACCAAACAGUUUUCCAUGGCAGUCCCCUUUACCAUGCAGCAAUAGCCUCCCUGCAACCUGCACGACGGGACAAAGUAAAGUGGCAGCCUGGCUACAGGACUCAGAGGAAAUGGACAGGUGUGCGGAAGACCUUGCACACUGCCAAUCUAACCUUGUGGAACUUAGCAAACUCCUUCAGAAUUUGGAAAUUCUGCAGAGAACUCAGUCAGCACCUAACUUUACUGACAUGCAGGCUAACUGUGUAGAUAUUUCAAAGAAAGACAAGCGGGUCACAAGAAGAUGGAGAACAAAAAGCGUCAGCAAAGAUACAAAAAUACAACUGCAGGUUCCUUUCAGUGCUACAAUGUCACCGGUUCGCUUGCAUUCCUCCAACCCCAACCUUUGUGCAGAUAUUGAAUUUCAGACUCCCCCCAGCCACCUCACUGAUCCUCUGGAAAGUUCCACAGAUUACACAAAGCUCCAAGAAGAAUUUUGUCUAAUUGCACAGAAAGUGCAUUCCUUACUGAAGUCUGCAUUUAACAGCAUAGCUAUAGAGAAGGAGAAGCUUAAGCAGAUGGUUUCUGAGCAGGAUCACAAUAAAGGCCACAGCACGCAGAUGGCUCGGCUCCGACAGUCCCUGUCUCAGGCGCUCAACCAGAAUGCUGAACUAAGGAGUCGCUUGAACAGAAUACACUCAGAGUCAAUAAUUUGUGAGCAGGUUGUCAGUGUAAAUAUUAUUCCCAGCCCUGACGAGGCUGGUGAGCAAAUCCACGUAAAUCUCCCCCUGUCACAGCAAGUAGCCAAUGAGAGCCGCCUCUCCAUGUCAGAGUCUGUCUCUGAGUUCUUUGACGCCCAAGAGGUGCUCCUCUCUGCAAGCUCAUCAGAGAAUGAAGCUUCAGAUGAUGAGUCUUACAUCAGUGAUGUGAGUGAUAAUAUAUCUGAAGACAACACCAGUGUUGCAGACAACAUUUCUAGACAAAUCCUCAACGGGGAGCUCACAGGAGGGGCUUUCCGAAACGGACGCCGGACGUGCCUCCCAGCUCCUUGUCCUGACACCAGUAAUAUCAACCUGUGGAAUAUUUUAAGAAACAACAUUGGUAAAGACCUAUCGAAAGUCUCUAUGCCUGUGGAGUUAAAUGAACCCCUCAAUACUCUACAGCAUCUCUGUGAGGAGAUAGAAUACAGUGAGCUCCUGGACAAGGCCUCGGAAACCGAUGACCCCUAUGAGCGCAUGGUUCUUAUUGCUGCAUUUGCAGUUUCAGGAUAUUGCUCCACCUAUUUCAGAGCAGGAAGUAAGCCAUUCAACCCUGUCCUUGGGGAGACUUAUGAAUGCAUUAGAGAAGAUAAGGGAUUCCGAUUUUUCUCAGAACAGGUUAGCCAUCACCCACCCAUUUCUGCCUGUCACUGUGAAUCAAAGAACUUCGUGUUCUGGCAAGAUAUCAGAUGGAAAAACAAGUUCUGGGGGAAGUCAAUGGAAAUCCUGCCCAUUGGAACACUGAAUGUUAUGCUUCCAAAAUACGGAGAUUGCUAUGUGUGGAAUAAAGUCACCACGUGCAUACACAACAUUCUCAGUGGAAGGAGAUGGAUAGAGCAUUACGGAGAAAUCACCAUUAGAAAUACCAAAAGCAGUGUUUGCAUUUGCAAACUCACAUUUGUCAAGGUGAAUUAUUGGAAUUCUAAUGUGAAUGAAGUCCAGGGCGUUGUGAUGGACCAGGAAGGCAAGGUGGUCCACCGGCUGUUUGGGAAGUGGCAUGAGGGGCUCUACUGUGGUGUGGCCCCUUCUGCAAAGUGUAUCUGGAGACCAGGUUCCAUGCCAACCAACUAUGAGCUUUACUAUGGCUUCACGAGGUUUGCUAUUGAACUCAAUGAAUUAGAUCCUCUGCUAAAAGACCUCCUCCCACCAACAGAUGCUCGAUUCCGGCCAGACCAGAGAUUUUUGGAAGAAGGAAAUUUGGAAGCUGCAGCAGCAGAAAAACAAAGAGUAGAGGAACUUCAGAGAUCUCGAAGACGAUACAUGGAAGAAAACAACCUUGAACAUAUACCAAAAUUUUUUAAAAAAGUUGUCAAUGCCAAUCAAAGAGAAGCCUGGGUUUCUAACGACACCUAUUGGGAGCUGCGGAAAGACCCUGGGUUUAGUAAAGUAGACAGCCCUGUUCUUUGGUGAACUGGGAUUGUAGAGCUAGCCAACAUAUCACACUCUGAAUGAAUAAAUAACUAUGCACAAUUAUGUUUCUUAUAGCUACGCGUGGUUUGUGGGUCAACUGGAAAACCUACCAUUUGCUUUUCUAUUCAUCUUUAUAAUGGACUUUCAGAAGUGCAUUAGACAAGGCCCCUAACCACUUUUUGGAUCCUUUCUGUUUUGCUGCAACCAUAUUCCUU